AUGUCGUUGCUGCGUAGGUUUAUCGAACGUCACUUUGGAGGCAUUCCAGAGAGUCUCAAGGAUCUGCAUUGGCUGUAUCGUGUUAAUCCAAAAUCUGUAGGCAGUGCCCCUCAGGCCAUAGAAUAUCGUAUAGUUUCACCAGCUACUCAGACCAACUAUGUUGCGCCUACUGCUUACAAGGUAUCCAACAACCAGUAUUUUAAACGAGAUGUGCGUCGAGCAUUUCCUCAAACUGUGACAUUUACCACAAACGAUCUGGCCGAACUGAACGCACCACUUCUAAAGAGACUUGCUAAUGAUCAAGCCAGUGUGAUGACUGCAUCUCCUAUUCAAGUCGUGAUGAUCAACAACAGGUACAAAUACACACCAUCCAGUCCACACCUCAAGGCAGAUGAAUCCAAUCCCGAGUUCAGCAUUCGUGCUGUGAAAUGA